AUGUCGUGUAAUCGCUCCUUUUCCACCCUCCCUCAAGCCGGUUGCGGCAAGCGUCGAGAUCGGGCGAAAAGACCACUGAUGGCCCAUCAACAGGAAUCACAUGUUCAAGCCUUUUUAACAUCGGCCAAAGCAAUCCGCUUCUCUGACUCGGCCGAGUCUCGGCUUUCCGGCCAUAUUCGCUGCAAAGUUCACCAGUUGGCCGCCUCUCACUCUUCCCUUCUUCUGCUGCCCCUCCUCAUUCCUGCUUCUGCAGCUCCAGCUCUUCCUCUCUUUCGCUCUUGCGUUGUCCCUUCUUUUGUCUCAACCUUCUUCUCUUUCUCCUCCUACUUCCCCUCUCCGCCUCCCCCAGCUCAUCAUUUCUGUUUGGUUGUUGUAAGGCAUCUCUGA